AACCCAGCGAGCACACCAUGGCCGGCACGUGCGCCCACGUCGAGUUCCUCCGCGCGCAGCCGUGGUGGGCGCUGGCCCUCGCGGCCGUCGGCCUCCUCGUCGCCCUCCGCGCCGCCCUGCGCCUCGCGCUCUGGGUCUACGCCUUCUUCCUCCGCCCAGGCAAGCCCCUGCGCCGCCGCUACGGGCCCUGGGCCGUCGUCACCGGCGGCACCGACGGCAUCGGCCGCGCCAUCGCCUUCCGCCUCGCCGCCUCCGGCCUCAGCCUCGUGCUCGUCGGCCGCAGCCCGGACAAGCUCGCCGCGGUCUCCGACGAGAUCAGGGCCAAGCACCCCAAGGCCGAGGUCCGCACCUUCGUCCUCGACUUCGCCUACGAGGGGCUCGCCGCCGGGGUCGACGCGCUCAAGGAGAGCAUCAGGGGGCUCGACGUCGGCGUGCUCGUCAACAACGCCGGACUCUCCUACCCGUACGCCCGCUACUUCCACGAGGUGGACCAGGAGCUCAUGCGGGCACUCAUCCAGGUCAACGUCGAGGCCGUCACGCGGAUCACACACGCCGUGCUCCCGGGCAUGGUCGAAAGGAAGCGAGGCGCUAUCGUCAACAUCGGCUCCGGGGCUGCCUCUGUUGUGCCAUCCGAUCCGCUCUACUCCGUCUAUGCAGCCACCAAAGCGUACGUCGACCAGUUCUCAAGAUGCCUCUACGUCGAGUACAAGGGCAAGGGGAUUGAUGUCCAAUGCCAGGUGCCCUUGUAUGUGGCAACAAAGAUGGCAUCAAUCAGGAAAUCUUCCUUCCUUGUGCCAUCUGCUGACACCUAUGCUCGUGCUGCAAUUCGCCACAUUGGCUAUGAGCCGAGGAGCACACCGUACUGGCCACACUCUGUUGUGUGGUUCUUUAUCUCCCUUCUACCAGAGUCACUUGUCGACAGUAUGCGCCUCAGUAUGUGCAUCAAGAUCCGCAAGAAGGGGCAGGCUAAAGAUGCCAUGAAGAAAGCGCAGUGAUGAUUCAGACGCUUGUUCAUUGUUGAGAUUUGCAUAUUCCUUCAGUCACGUGUAAUAUGGACCAGUACUUCUAGCUCUGUUGUCGGCAUUUUAGUUUCAUUACCCUCCCAGUACGCUAGGUUGAAACUGCUGUUGUUGUUCCUUCCAUGGUUACAAAGAACAAAUCUGUAAUCGUUCAUUUCCCGAAUGUAACACUAGCUGCACUCAAGGUGGAAAUGAAAUUAACUAAGUCGUGUAUUGGCUUCAAUAA